GAGAGGCUGAGACACAGAGAGGCAGAGGGAGAGACAAGGGGUGGGGUGCUUGGAUGUACACGAACAUGCCAAGAGGAGAGUGCGUGGACGAGCGAUGACAGCCAUGCUGAGCCCAAAGAUCAGACAGACCAGGAGAGCCAGGUCCAAGAGCAUGGUGAUGGGUGAGGUGUCGCGGGGCUCGUGCCGGCCGGCCUCCCCCAGCCUGCAGGAAGGGGCGCUGAAAGCUGGCUGGCUGAAGAAGCAGCGCAGCAUCAUGAAGAACUGGCAGCUCCGCUGGUUCGUGCUGCGCUCAGACCAGCUCUUCUUCUACAAAGACGAGGAAGAAACCAAACCACAGGGCUGUAUACCUCUGCAGGGCUGCCAGGUCAAUGAGCUCACGGCUAAUCCAGACGAACCAGGAAGACACCUUUUUGAGAUUGUACCAGGUGGAACAGGAGAGAAGGACCGGGCACCAAUCAGCCAUGAGUCCUUCCUGCUCAUGGCAAACUCCCAGACAGACAUGGAUGACUGGGUCAAGGCCAUACGGCGGGUCAUCUGGGCGCCAUUUGGAGGAGGGAUAUUUGGCCAGCGUUUAGAGGACACAGUGCAGUAUGAGAGGAAGUUUGGCCCCCGGCUGGCCCCCCUGCUGGUGGAGCAGUGUGUUGACUUCAUCAGGGAGAGAGGUUUGGACGAGGAGGGUCUCUUUCGCAUGCCGGGACAGGCCAACCUGGUCAAAGAGCUGCAGGAGGCCUUUGACUGCGGGGACAAGCCUCUGUUUGACAGUAAUACAGACGUCCACACGGUGGCAUCCUUGCUGAAGCUGUACCUGCGAGAGCUGCCUGAACCAGUCAUUCCCUUCUGCAAAUAUGAAGACUUUCUAACCUGUGCACAGCUUUUGGCCAAAGACGAGGAGGAAGGGGUCCAGGAGCUGGGAAAGCAAGUUAACACUCUACCUCUACCUAACUACAAUCUCCUCACCUACAUAUGCAAAUUCCUCGAUGAGGUCCAGUCCCACUCCAGUGAGAACAAGAUGAGUGUCCAGAACCUCGCCACAGUAUUUGGACCAAAUAUCCUUCGACCCAAGAUGGAGGACCCAGUCACUAUCAUGGAAGGCACCUCUCUGGUCCAGCACCUGAUGACAAUCCUCAUUAGGGAACACAACCGCUUGUACUCAGGAAGGGACCAGGAGGGACCCACUGCACCCCAAACAGAGCUCCCUGUCCAGGGUCAUCAGCUCCAGCAUCGCAGCCUGGGCGCCUGGAUCUCAGAGGAAGACCUCCAGAACUGCCCGGUGUCCAACCCUGACCAAGAACUGCACAGCAGUGCCUCAUCUCUGGAUGCCAAACUGUGUGCAGCUGUCACUCCCACCCAGACCCCUAACCUGAACCCUGGACCAAAACUGGGGUCUCCAUCAGGGAAAGGCGAGACGGUGGUUAGCCCGAGUAAACAAGCCAAGUCCAUACCUUCCUGGAAAUACUCUUUCAAAAGCUCUUCGGCUCCUCGUUCACAGCCGCAAGGCAAGCAAAGCAGUGGUGGUGGCUCUGCGGCUGAUGUGACUAGUGUAUCAUCUGGUGGGGGUGGAGGUGGGAGUGGAGGUGGAGGUAACUGGCUCAUGAAUGGUUUGUCCUCCUUGAGGGGACACCGGCGCACCUCAUCAGGCGAGCGGUCCGCCCGUGAUCGUGACUCCACGGGCUCUUCACAGAGACUGUCCACCUAUGACAACGUCACCUCUUCCUCAAGCAUGGGGAGCGUCCCAAGUGUCUCCAGCACACCUUGGUCCACUUCCUCCUGCGAAAUCUCCGUCCCCGACUCGGGAAGUGAACCCUCACCAAACCAGAACUGUGGAGUAGGGGGUGAAAUUGGGGAAAAAGGGGAGUGGAUGGAGAGCCAGAGGGAGAUUGACAGAGGAAGGGAUGGAGGGAUGACGACAGACCCGAGCUCUGAGCAGGACAGUUGUGAGGCCAUGGAGCUGUGCAGUAGCAGCGCAGCCUGCAGUGAGAAUGGAAACAUGGCCAUGGCGGCCGGGGUGCCAUCCAUCAUUAUGUCUGAGGAUGGGGACGGGACAAAUCUAACAUUGAGCUGUCUGGUGGAAGGACUGAAGGAAGAGUUGAGGAAACAGAAGACUUCAUACGAGGCCAGGAUCCAAAAACUGGAGGAGUCCAGUGCUGCUCUGUGUGCACAGAUGGAGCGUUUGGAACAAGAGAUGGAGCAGGAGAGGAAGAAGCAACGCAUGCUGGAGAUCAAACUACGCAACUCGGAGCGGGCGCGCGAGGAUGCAGAGAACCGCAAUCGGCUGCUGGAGAAAGAGAUGGAGGAUUUCUUUUCCACACUGGGAGAUCUGGCCCUGGGUGCGAGGACUAGUGACAUUUGAUACGGCAUCUGUCUGUGGCCAAAACUGUCAGGGUUUGUAUUUUGGGAUAUUGGGUGUCUUCUCAAGGGCUCAUGUCCUCCUCAGUGUAUCAGGGCGUUCCUUCAAAAGAACAUUAAAACAAGGAAAUAAAGGAACCCGCCAUAGUCGUGUGCUAUCAGGAUAAACUCAAAGGGAACUGAAAUAUGGAGAUGGCAGCGGAAAUUAGGGUGCAGAUAUGAAAUGAGGACUGACUGUGUGGUCCUCAUCAGAAUCAUCUCCAUUGAGCACUGAGUGGUUUUGAGUUUCUGUCGCAUGCUUGAAAUGGAACGUUAAGAUGAUGGCGCUCUUGUGAUCACACUCCUUGAUGAGUCCAGGGUUUGUCUUGUGAAGGCAGUAUUUUAACAGUUCAGGUGCCUGUAUGUGAAUGGUGUAACAUAAUGAAACUUCUCUGACAUUCUCUUUACUGGAGAGCACUGACUUCUUCAACCACUAAGGACAUGACAUGAAUGGAUUUCAUGCUGAAACUGUAUGACUCAUAAGAGAUGUUAAUGAUAAUGCAGACAGUUGGCUGAUAUUUAUCUAUAUCUGAUAUUUAUCUUUAAGGAAUAGUGCUACAUUUGGGAAAUACACUUUGCCUUUUUGUUGAAAGGUGGAUGAGAAGUUUGAUUCCACUCUCAUGACUGUAGGAUUAACAUGAAGCUACAACCAGCAGCUGGUUAGCCUAGCUAAAUAUAGAGUGACAAUAAAAGCAGGGAAAAUGCUAAUCUAGCACUGUCCUUUUUGAAAAUCUGUUAACCAAUAGGAAUGGGCAUUUGAUGGAACUUCCAUUUUCGACAACUUAGAUUAAAUUAUUAUAGAGUACUUGUGAGAAAAAUCUAAUAUAAGAAAAGGUACGUAAACUGGCCAACAAUGGGAAACAAGCGCAAUUUGAAAUGUAUUUAUUUAACGGAAAGGCCUCUAUCAGCCUUUAAAUUCAAAGUUGACAUGACAUGAAAUCAGCAAACUUUCUAUCACUGUUCGCUAACGUUACAUAGAUUAGAUGCAGUGCUGAAGGACUGUCACUGAGCUGCUGUCCUCCUGGCUAGCACAAGCUAACGCAGCAGCAGCGGCUAACACCUGAUACCAAGCAGUUUAACAGUCCCAACAUACUCAAAACAACACCGAAAUGCCUGUUCUGUUGAUAACCAUUAGGUAAUGUCAGCCUAGCUGUGUGAUGCUAACAGUUAGCCCUGUCACUGUGUGUGUGUGUGUGUGUGUGUGUGUGUGUGUGUGUGUGAUGACGGAUGAUCGUAUCCACUUACUGUUACUGCACAGAAAUGAAGCCAAAAUAUCCCAGACACAGCCACUGCCAUCUUGUGCUGGUGAUGUCAUUUGGAGCCAGAGUCUGCUUAGUAGUGAUCUCCGCUAUGUCGAGUUCCCACCUACCGCCCAUCUGACCAAUUGGAAGCAGCACCAUUGAUCACGAGCACACUUAUUGGCACACAGAGUAGUCAAUCAUGACAUCAAACCCAAUUUUUAUAGUUAAAAUUACUAAUUAAAACCAAACGUCUUAAAAAAACAAACACUUGUACUUACACUUGUAAGUAAGAACUACCUAAAAUACCUAAAAAAAAUUCUUUGGGGAAAGAUGGUUUGGCUUAGUUUGGCUCAUGUCCCAUUUGCUAACAGGGAGGGGGCGGGGUUUAUAACCUGUACUGCAGCCAACCACCAGGGGGCAAUUGCAUUGUUUUGGCUUCAUUUUUAGG